CGGACUGACACAAACACAAAGAAGUAAAAGAUCACUUUACUUUGUUGUUGGUAGCGGAAGUGGAGGAAAUGUCCCGAAACUGCGCUUACGAUCUAUGAAUGUGUUCAUUUAUCGGCACAAUCAGUGUCUGCGAUCCGUUUACACAUUCUGUUUUUGGAGAACUGUUUGCAUCAUGGCAACCUAAGGACACAACGUUUCGUUUGUUUCUUUUCAUUUUAGAAGAUAUCACACGUGCACCGGCUUUAAAGAAGGAGGGAUGAACGAGUGGUGCAAGAAGACGCCGCUGGAGUGGCAGGCGCUCCUCCAUAAAGAGCUGAAGGUCUGUGCGCACGAGAAGCAGCAGCACCAGGGCUGGCUCUUCACGGUGGACCCCGUCUCUGCCAACAUCGUUUUGGUCUCCUUCGAGCCCGACGGAAAAGCAUCCAUUGUGACGGUGAUGGGCCAUGCAGUCGAGACCGUGGAGGUCCUGAACGAAGGAAGUGACGCCAUUUCAAAUCGACUGGUCUCCUUGUUCAUGCCAGUUGCGCCACAAAAACACAGUAAAGAGGAGCUGGAAAGCAAGAAGAGGAGCCUGAAGGAGUGGCUGGAGAAGAACCACAUUCCAGUAAGCGAACAAGGCAACAGCCCAGAGACGCUCUGUGUGGCCGGGGUUUUAAAAAUAGACGCGCCAUACCGGGCGGAAGACUGCAGCGGCGCAAAUGAAAUCAUUUUAUCAAGGGUACAAAACCUCAUCAACAACAACCCUACGGCUCAUACAAAAUAGGAAAGCGAUCUCACGCAGAAGUAUUCAUACAAAGGUGGGCCUUCUUUAAAAUUAGUGACGGAGGUUUUUUGUUUUUGUCAGAAUGAGCCCCAUUUAAACCUCGGCCAUCUGUAUGUGCGCAUUAAGCGUUACGCUUUUGAAGACGCAGCUUGUUGUGUUAUUACAGAAGUUACAUUACGCAGGUCUGUGACAUACAACACCUCAAGUGUAUGUUGUACAUAAUAAAUUAUUUUGAUAUAUGGCUUUA